CCCUGUGCAGAUCUCAGAGCCUCGCGCCGCCGUCCCGCCGCCUCCGCGCCCGCCUCCCGGCUCCUGGCUCGGAGAUGGGCGCGGCGCCCUGCGGUGCUGCCCCCGCCCCUCCCCGUCCCUUCCGGCCCCGCGAACCCGCGAGAUACCCGGGCACCGCGGGCGUCCCGCAGCCGGCCGCGGGCUUGGCGCUCCUCGGCGGUCCGGGACCUGGUGAGGUUUAAUUGCUUUCUUCUCCUUUGAGACCUGUGUGGGAGUACUUGGAGCAGCGACUGCCAUCUGGUGGCAAGCCAGAAUCAUCGCAGUGUGUGACUUAAUGGUUACUAAGAUGCCCACUCUUGACUUACAUGGUCUUCACUGGCAGCAGGGGACCCAGAGAGCCUGGAGGGUGUCUGAUGAAGGAGCUUUAGUGAAAUAACUCUCCGCUUCCACCUGAAUGGAUUGUUCGUCCCAGAUUCUGCCCCAGGAGCCAGCUUCAAAAUGGCACCUCUGAAGAAAAGAUUGGAGUUGCUCUUCUGUUUUACUCAAAGAUCUUCUGGUUAUCUACUGGUGGGUGACCAAGACUGUGAAUAAGCACAUACCAAGAGAGGCAUAUGAUGACAUGGAGCCUGAAAUAAACUGCUCUGAAUUGUGUGACGGUUUUCCUGGCCAGGAGCUGGAGCGGAGACCCCUUCAUGAUCUCUGCAGGACAACAAUUACCUCUUCCUGCCACAGCAGUAAGACCAUUUCUUCAUUAUCUCCUGCCCUCUUGGGUGUUGUUUGGACUUUCCUCAGCUGUGGACUUCUGCUGAUAGCCUUCUUUCUUGGCUUCACAAUCCGCUGCAGGAAGAACAGGAUUGUGAAGAUGUCCAGUCCCAAUCUGAACAUUGUGACCUUAUUGGGCAGUUGUAUGACUUACAGUAGCGCUUACCUCUUUGGGAUUCACCAUCAAGGUGCUUUAGCAGGAAGCUCAAUGGAAACUCUCAUUCAGGUAAGACUGUCCAUGUUGUGCAUUGGGACCUCCCUUGUGUUUGGCCCCAUUCUGGGAAAGAGCUGGCGACUCUACAAGGUGUUUACCCAGAGGGUUCCAGACAAGAGAGUGAUAAUCAAAGACCUGCAGCUACUGGGGUUGGUGGCAGCCCUGGUGAUAGCAGAUGUGAUCCUGCUCGUGACGUGGGUGCUGACUGAUCCCAUCCAGUGCCUCCAGAUUCUCAGUGUCAGUAUGACGGUGACAGGGAGAGACGUGUCCUGCUCUCUGACUAGCACACACUUCUGUGCUUCCCGGUACUCUGAUGUCUGGAUUGCUCUCGUUUUGGGAUGCAAGGGCCUGCUGCUGCUCUAUGGGGCCUACCUGGCUGGCUUGACUGACCAUGUCAGCUCUCCUCCCGUGAAUCAGUCUUUAACCAUCAUGGUUGGGGUCAACCUCGUGGUGCUGGCUGCUGGGCUUCUUUUUGUGGUCACCAGAUACUUGCACUCCUGGCCCAACCUGGUCUUUGGACUCACGUCUGGAGGUAUCUUUGUUUGCACAACCACAAUCAACUGCUUCAUCUUCAUUCCCCAGCUGAAGCAAUGGAAGGCAUUUGAAGAGGAAAACCAAACAAUCAGACGCAUGGCCAAAUAUUUCAGCACUCCUAGCAAAAGCUUGCACACCCAGUAUGGUGAGGAACAGAGUUGCCACGUUAGAGGAGAGAAAAACUCCAUGGAGAGACUCCUCACAGAAAAAAAUGCUGUGAUUGAAAGCCUGCAAGAACAAGUAAACAACGCCAAAGAGAAGCUGGUGAGGCUGAUGUCAGCUGAGUGCACCUAUGACCCCCCCGAGGGGGCUGUCCCGCCUGCCUCUUCCCACAGCAAGGACAUCCUGGCUGCAGCCCCUCCCCAUAGCCGAGCAGCUCAGGGGUCUUUGAAAUGUCCCUCUGACUCUCUGAAUGAUACCAGCCCGGCCACCCAGGACUCCCAGAGCACCCCAGCACCCGCCUCAAGUGUACAAGGCCUCAAGGGGCCUGUGAAGGACACCAGCCCCUCCCCGGGGCAGAAGGAGAAAAUUUCUGCCUCUCAAGACUUUUCUGAUCAUUUAAAUUUGGGCUGCAGCCAGGAGCCGCGGGCUGAGCAAAGCCCAGGUGCGGAGAGAAGAGACCAGGUACCCAUGGCCCUCCAGCAGGGUCUCAUGCCAGGUGGAGAAGGCUCUGUUCCCCAGAGACAGGGGCAGCUGGAGAACUCAGAAGGGCCCCAGGUGCGACUGUCAAGGGUGAAUUCAGUGAUCAGGGAGAAGCUUCAGGAAGUCCUCCAAGAUCUGGGCCUGGGCCCUGAGGCUCCCGUCCCCUCUCCCCCGUCCUGUCCCCAGCAGCCCUGGAAGAGCAGUGCCUGCCGCAGCCCCCAGAAGAUGCCCCUCUCCAAGGAGCUGGGCUUCAGCCCGUACAUGGUGAGGAGAAGGGGCGCGGCACAGCGGGCUCGCUCGCACUUGCCAGGUUCUGUGCCCUCCUCUGUGGGGCGUCGGGUAAACAGGGCUGAUUCUGGGGCACGCACUGGGCGAAAUGUGCAGGACAGGGACAGCCCCUGCCUGGACCCCCAAACUGCGGAUUCCAGGGUAGCAAGACCCUCUUCCGGGAAGCCUUUACUACUCCCAGCUCCUCAAGGCAAGCCAGACGCCCUGGAGGGCAGCAAACAGUGCCAGACAGAGCCCCAGAGAGCCGAAGGGAGCCACGCAGCCCUUUCUCACCAGCCUUCUGGUCCUGGCCAGGCGCUGUGCCCCACUGCCCCACGCCGAGCCAGAGCCUCGCCAGACCUGCCUGAGCAGCGGCUGCAGCGGUCCCCGGCGCCCCCAGGAUGCCCUUCCCUGUCUCCUCCACGCAGCUACCUCGACACAGAAUCCAGCAGCUCGGACGAGUUCUUCUGCCGCUGCCACAGGCCCUACUGUGAAAUCUGCUUCCAGAGCUCCUCUGAUUCCAGUGACAGUGGCUCGUCAGACAGCGACCCUGAGCCUACUGGGAGGCUGGCUUCCUGGGAAAAGCUGUGGGCCCGCUCGAAGCCUAUCGUGAACUUCAAAGAUGACUUGAAACCCACACUGGUGUGAACAGCAGAGCAAGUCUGGACAUAGAGCUCUGUCUGGGACAAGCCAUACCAUGGCCUGCUGUGGCCUUCGGGGAGUAGACCAGUGCCCUGCGUUGGACCAGCCCUUACCAUGUUUCAGCUAUGCUCACUUGAGCACUGUGGUACCUGGAGCACUUCUCAAUCUAUACAAAGAGGGGUAUUGCCUGUCUUGUUCCUACCUCACCGCAUUCCUGUAAAAGACUCCAGCCGAGUGCCCAUAAAGGAUACCCUUGGAUAAAAGGUGCUAAAUGAGCACAGAGGGUCUUCUGUCCUGGUCAGCCUAUAAUGUACAGAACUCUUCAUAUACACCAGAUGGAUGGCUGGGUGGACAGAGAGAUGGAGAAAUGGAAGGAGAAUUUCUGCAGAACCAGAGUUGUGAACUGUGGUCCAUCAAACUGGCUUUUUGGUGGCAGACCUGCUAGGAAGACAUCUCCUGCGUCCUUGGGUGGCCCACGCUCGGCAGGGGGUGGCUUUGCUUCUGCUCAGCUUUGUCAACAGCACCACCCCUAGGUCCCAGCUUCCAGGCAGACUCAGCUCAGAGCCAACUGUGCACCUGUAUUUGGUGUUCAUGUCUUUAUACCAUUGUGGCACCUCAGCAUCAUCCCUGAGACAGUCAGGUGUCCAUGGGGCCACAGGUGACCCAGAUCUCUCUCCUGGGCUCAGAUGGCACCGGAGGCCCACCGCAUCGACUUUGCCAGUGGUGCAGUUUUGCAAUAGCAGGAAGCACACACUGGCAAUCUCUGUUGAGGUUGGGGAGGCCCUGUUGGUCAAGAGGAUGCCAACUAGGGCUACAUGACCACCGAUGGCUACAGAAACCUAAAAGCAGAAAAUGGGAAAAUAGAAAGGAAGAAAUGGGGAAGAAGGUAGGAAAGAAAACAGGUUUUGAACAUUUACCUUGAGUCUAGCAUGGUACUUGGAAAUAUCCAAUAUCGGUAAUUCCUUAUGAUAACCCCAUGAAGUAGAUACUCUCGUUCCCAUCUUUACAGAUGGAGAUUAUGAGGCUUCGAGAACUGAGGUAGCUUCCCCAGCGUCACAUUGCUGGAGAGGGGCCCCGUGUAGGGGCCCACGUGAGACUUGGCCACAGCUCACAGGACUCCAAGUGGGUGGACUUCCCUGGGGCACAUCUCUUCACUUGUUCUUCUGGGAGUGGCGGGCAGAGCGUGGCAGGCCAGACAGCAAAGCAGGGGUAGUGUAGGAAGCUGUAGUGCACUCACCCUGCAGUCCAGGAUGACAAAACUGGGCUCCUCACCUCGGGAAGCAGCGCUCCACUGCCUCACUGCCUCAGGGGCCCACUCACACCUCCCAAGGCAGUCGGGGAGUUGGUGAAAGAUAAGUGCCAGGAUCUCAUCUGCUGCCAGAGCCACACGGAGAACACAGCUGGGCCCACUUCACUUGUUGCUGAGCUAGUUGUUGUUUACAGGCUGUUCCCUGCCCCCACUUGUGUGUGCAUCUGUGUGUGUACUUAUGCUUGUGUGCAGGAGUUUGGGCCUCAUUAGGUAUGUCUGGAGGGGAGCACGUGGCUUUAAAUGUCUCACAGAAGAUGUAUCACAGACUCUUGGCGGCUGCUGACACCUUGUGAAUCUCCAGACACUGGACCAGGAGGCCCUCCUGGCUACACAGCUUCUUCUGUUGUCUACUUUUAAAUACAAAUGUCAUAAUUUAUUCUGCGUGUGGGCUUGUAGUUUCUGCCUGUGCUGUUUGUAUGCUGUCCA